UAGGUAUGAUGUCAUAAGGUGUUUUCAUUUAGUUCGGGCGGGUUAUGAGACAUUGUUAAUGUUGUGAUUUUUUUUAAUAUUGUGAGCUAUUGCUUUAUUAUAAAAACCAUUUGACAGUUUCUAUAACUCGCGUAUAAGUUUAAAUAUUUAAACAAAAUGCCUGGAUUGGAAGGAGCAGCACUCUUGGGCAACAUGUUUUGUUCUCGCUGUGGUGAUGGUUUUGAACCAAAUGAAAAGAUUGUCAAUUCCAAUGGGGAAUUAUGGCACGGAAAAUGUUUUGUAUGUGCCCAAUGCUUCCGAGUAUUUGCAGAUGGUGUCUUCUAUGAAUUCGAAGGACGCAAAUACUGUGAACAUGAUUUUCAGGUUCUUUUUGCCCCUUGUUGCAAUAAAUGUGGUGAAUUUGUGAUUGGGCGAGUUAUUAAAGCUAUGGCAGCAAACUGGCAUCCCCAUUGCUUCCGAUGCCAACAUUGUCAAAAGGAACUGGCAGAUACUGGAUUCAUAAGAAACCAAGGACGUGCUUUAUGUCAUGAAUGCAAUGCUAAAGAUAAAGCAAGAUGUUUAGGAAAGCAUGUGUGCCAUAAAUGCCAUGGAUUGAUUGAUGAUGCUCCGUUGAGAUUCAGAGGUGAGGUAUACCAUGGAUAUCAUUUUAACUGCACUGCUUGUGGUAUUGAACUCGAUAGUAGUGCAAGAGAAGUCAGGAGCCGACCUGGUUUUGCUGCUAAUGAUAUGAAUGAGCUGUAUUGUCUACGUUGUCAUGACAAAAUGGGAAUACCAAUUUGCGGUGCCUGUAGACGACCAAUUGAAGAAAGGGUGGUAACUGCUUUAGGAAAACAUUGGCAUGUUGAGCAUUUCGUAUGUGCAAAAUGUGAAAAGCCAUUCUUGGGUCACAGGCAUUAUGAGAAAAAGGGACUUGCAUAUUGUGAAACACACUAUCACCAACUUUUUGGAAAUCUAUGUUUCGUCUGUAAUCAAGUCAUUGCUGGUGAUGUAUUCACUGCAUUAAAUAAAGCAUGGUGCGUUCAUCAUUUCGCCUGCUCAGUGUGUGAUACAAAGAUGAAUCAAAAAAGUAAAUUUUAUGAAUGUGAUGAGAAGCCAGUUUGCAAACGAUGCUAUGACAAAUUUCCUCAAGAGUUCAGAAGACGAUUACGCAGAGCACAUGAAAAUACCCCUAAAAAGUGAGAUUACUAACAAUAUCUUAAGGAUAAUAACCAAAAAUUUAGUGGUUUAAUGAAUCACUCAUUUUUUUGAUCAAUUCUAGGGUUUGUACAUUAGUGUACCAAAAGAACU